AUGGCUGUUGAGCCUAUAUCGAAUGGCUUCGGGGCCAAGGACAAGAAGGUCGCCUACUUCUACGACUCCGAUGUGGGCAAUUAUGCCUAUGUCUCCGGCCACCCCAUGAAGCCUCAUCGCAUAAGAAUGACGCACAGCCUGGUUAUGAACUAUGGCCUCUACAAGAAGAUGGAGAUUUACCGUGCGAAACCGGCCUCCAAGUACGAGAUGACCCAAUUCCACACCGACGAGUACAUCGACUUUCUGUCCAAGGUUACCCCGGACAACAUGGAUCAGUUCUCGAAGGAGCAAAGUCGAUACAAUGUGGGUGAUGACUGUCCCGUGUUCGACGGUCUCUUCGAGUUCUGCGGAAUCAGCGCCGGCGGCAGCAUGGAAGGCGCCGCACGCCUGAACCGCAGCAAGUGCGAUGUUGCCGUCAACUGGGCUGGUGGGCUGCACCACGCGAAGAAGAGCGAGGCCAGUGGUUUCUGCUACGUGAAUGACAUCGUUCUUGGAAUUCUGGAGCUUCUGCGCUUCAAGCAGCGAGUUCUAUAUGUGGAUAUCGAUGUCCACCAUGGUGACGGUGUCGAGGAAGCUUUUUACACUACGGAUCGUGUCAUGACUGUUUCUUUUCACAAGUACGGCGAGUACUUCCCCGGAACUGGCGAGCUUCGUGACAUCGGGGUUGGCUCAGGCAAAUACUAUGCUGUCAACUUCCCUCUGCGUGAUGGUAUCAACGAUCUCUCGUACAAAAGCAUCUUUGAGCCUGUGAUCAAGAGCGUGAUGGAGUGGUACCGGCCGGAGGCAGUUGUCCUUCAGUGUGGUGGAGACAGUUUAUCGGGCGAUCGUCUCGGUUGCUUCAACCUUAGCAUGCGAGGACAUGCCAAUUGUGUCAACUUCAUCAAGAGCUUUGACCUGCCAACCUUGAUUCUCGGUGGUGGUGGUUACACCAUGCGCAACGUUGCGCGCACCUGGGCGUUUGAGACUGGCAUCUUGGUCGGAGAAGGUCUGGAGUCGGAGCUGCCCUACAACGACUACUACGAGUACUUUGCCCCCGACUAUGAGCUUGAUGUUCGCCCCUCCAACAUGGACAACGCGAACACGAAGGAAUACCUGGACAAGAUUCGCAACCAGGUUGUGGAGAAUCUCAAGCGCACGGCGUUCGCUCCUUCGGUUCAGAUGACCGAUGUCCCGCGUAAUCCGCUUGUGGAUGGCAUGGACGAUGAAGCUGAUGAUGUGAUGGAUGACCUGGAUGAUGACGAGAACAAAGACAAGCGCUUCACCCAACGCCGCUUUGACCAGUACGUAGAAAAGCCUGGUGAACUCAGCGAGAGUGAGGACGAGGAGGAGAACGCCGCCAAUGGCGUCCGCCGACAGCCGAAUGCUAUCCGCCGCCGCAAUCAAGCCAAUUACCGAAACCUCGACGCAGCGGAUUCUGGUCUGGACAGUGGCAUGGCAACUCCGCAUGCGGCGUCGUCGGUUGGUGACAUGGAAAUGGAUACUGCGCUUGAUACCAGAAUGGCUGAUGUCCCACGAAAUGAACCUGACACUCGAGUUUCACCGUCUGCGGCUCCUCCUGCCACGCAUGCUGAAGCUUCCGCCGGCGACGAGGAUCAAAUGGUUGUCGAAAAUGAGGAAAGUCGCCCUUCUGCUGCCGCCUCUCACCAGCCUUCUCCUGCCCCGCAUGAUGAAGAUACCACCAUGGAGGAUGCAGCAGCUCCGGUUGUUGAACCCGAAUCCGCCCCGACUGAGCCUCAAGAGGAGAAGAAGCCGGUUGAGACAUCACCCGCGGGUGAAGAAACACCCAAGGCACCUCUGUCGCCACCUCGAGCCCAAACGCUUGCCAAAGAGCCCUCCGAGCCUGCCGCUGAGCAGGGCGGCGAGGCCCCGAAGCUCGAAGCUGCUCCUGUUGAGGAAUCAGAAGCACCCAAGCAGGCCACUCCAGAGCCUACCGAUAAGCCUACCAAGCAAGAGGAGUAA